AUGUGGGUGUUGCUGAUGCUUGCGUUGGCGGUGGCCGUCAGUGCCGAAUGCCCUCGUCACUGCGAGUGCAAAUGGCGGAGUGGUAAAGAGUCUGCACUAUGUGCUCGCGCCGGCCUGAAUUCUAUACCACCACGUUUAGACCCAACAACUCAACUCUUGGAUCUGGCUGAGAAUCGAAUAUCUGUACUUAAAGACGAUGCUUUUGCAGAAGCUGGGCUUCUGAAUCUUCAACGUCUAUACAUUCCUGCCUGCAAUUUAAAAAGUAUAAGGCAAUAUGCAUUUCGUGCGCUAGUGAAUCUGGUGGAAUUGGAUCUGUCUAGAAACCGUUUAGAGACGGUGCCCUCACAAGCGUUUGAAUCAAUUCCUGAACUCCGAGAACUUCGACUGAGCGGUAACCCAAUAGUAAAAAUAAAAGAUGAUGCAUUUUUAUCCCUACCCCAUUUAGUAAAAUUAACCUUGGGUGAUUGUAAGAUAAUUGAAAUAGAACACAGAGGUUUUAAGGGUUUGGAAGGUUCAUUAGAAUAUUUGGAACUUAAUAAGAAUAAACUUCAAAUAUUACAUGUUGCCAUAUUAGCGCCCCUGAGGUCAUUGAAAGGACUCGAACUUUCGAAUAAUCCAUGGGAUUGCAACUGUGCUCUUAGACCUCUGCGAGAUUGGAUGAUAAGAAAAAAUGUUCCCGCGACUGUUGUACCAGACUGCGCGUUACCUCCGAGAUUAACAUCACAAUCAUGGGAUCGCUUGGAUCUAGAAGAUUUUGCAUGUAUACCAGAAGUAACCGGAACCUCAAACAACAUCAAAGGUGUAGAAGGUGAAGAAGUUACUCUCAUAUGUCGAGUAAGUGGUGUGCCAGCACCAAGAGUGAGAUGGAUUCGAUCGGGGCGACUUUUAGCAAAUACUACUAUAUCAAGUAACCUCAAUUCGGGUAGAACUUUUUUACUACGUAGUGAAGGACAAACUAGUAAUUUAACAAUAAAGUCCGCAGAUAUUCAAGACUCUGGACAAUACACGUGCAAUGCUGAAAACAGAGCUGGUAAGGCGGAAGUGGUUUUGAAUUUAACCAUUGAGAAAAAACCUCAUAGUAGAGGUUUUGGUGGUAGAGCCCUCAUGGCUGGGAUGGCUGUGUCUGCAGUAAUUAUACUAAGUUCAUGUUUAAUAGGAUUAUGUGCAUAUGAGACUCGUAAGAAACGUCAGUUAGAUAGAUGGAAUGAACAGAUAGUGACGUCGAAUCAUCACGAUAAUAAUUACGAAAAAAUAGAAGCUAAUUUAAAAACAACCGAAGAAGUUUCAAGGGUUGUUGUUUCAGAAAAUAAUAGUCGAAAAAGAGGAGACUAUAGAAAUGUACCAUCAGACGACCCAGAAGACGAAUACGAAGGUUAUGGAAGAGAGGAAGUUAAUAGAAAAAGAAGUGAGUCUUCGCCUCCACGAGAUAUUAGAUGGCGACGUACUGAAUAUGACCCACCUGUUUCUAGAGCAGGUGAAUUAGUUCAAGACCUUCAUAUACCAAGAUUGAGGGAAUAUAACUCAGGAAACGACGCUACCAGUGAAACGAUACAGACAUCUAAGUCGGCUGGGCUUUUAGCAGGUCACGUUGAGAUUUUAUCUGAAAAUAAUAGGUUUAAUAAUAACGCUCGCUCAUGUCCUCGACCACGAGCACGCGAUCGUCUUGAUAAUGAUCUAUCUGGUAGCGACAGUGAAAAGAACUAUCCAGAUCUAAUAGAAAUGAGUGCCUUGGGCACAACGUCAUACUAUCGAGGUGAUAUAAAACAUGAUCCUUAUUAUUUUUACACAAUUCCCAGGAGAAAAGAUGGUGACAGCCGAAGUCCUCUGUUAAGUAGCCGAAGAAAUAGCUCUGGAGGUGAUUCUAUCACUUUUAUUGAUAAAAGCUAUGACAAAAGUCAACAAAGGUCUAGUGGACGGAGGUCAAAUAGUUUUCUAGAUCUUUCUGUCGGCGGUAAUAGAAUGCGUCGAAAUCCUAGCCUGCCGGCCUCUCCAUCCAGAGAGCAGUCAUCAGUUCCGUCCGCCACACCUCUUUUGGACUUAUCUGGCCUUCGAGACUAUUCGAGAACUGGCCAACCUUUCGAGGAUUUUGACUUUCGUGCAUCUCAGCUUGAGAAAUUCCUAGAAGAAUAUAGAAGUUUAAGGGAACAACUUUCUAGAAUGAAAGAAACUAGAGAAAAUCUGCAAAGAACAAGAGCCGUUGAAAGUGAGGAGUUGCGAACAAUCCACAAAGGUAAACCUAGUAUAGCAGUCACAGAAACGUCAUCUUCUGUAACAUUAGCAGAUGCAGCAUCUCCAUUGGCAUUAAGUCCAUCAGAAUAUAAACCUCAACACCCAAGGCCAGAAUGGUUGACCACUCUACUAUACCGCAACUAA